UCAAAGAAGUGUACUCAAAGCCGUUACAGCGGAUUAUUAUCUUUGUAAUCAAACUCUGGUAGUCAAAAAAGAAAAACUGACAAAAUCGGCGUUUUCGUUUGUUUGAACUUCCAUAAUAGCAAUAUUCAUUCGAGAUGUGUAUGGACAAAUUUAUAGCAACUGAGUUCCGAACGCCAUUUGGAUCUUUCACUGGGAAAGACGUGAAAGCAUUUUUAAAAACUUUCUCGGAUAUUAUAAAGGCUGUUGUCGCAAGAGGCCUUUAUGCUGUAUAUGCACUUUUGGCAGUGUGGCGUGUUACAGUCGCUUUACAAGAACCUUUGUACUGGUUUCUGCUAUUUUGCAUUAUUCUCAUAGCGACUGAAGCAUUGCACACAAUUAUUGAACGUAAAGGAGGAGAACUAAAAUGGAUCACUCCUAGUGUUUUCUUCUACCUAAUAUGUGCUGUUCCCCCAAUAUGGCUUCUAGAACUCAAAUUAUUAAAAGACAGACAAGAAGGUACAAAUCAAACAAUUGAGAGUAACGUGAUAAAUCUUGACCUAUCAGACGAAGGAUGGACGCUCGCAUUGGAACAAAUAUUAAUUUUUGCCCUUGUCUUUGGAAAAUGGAUUGCCCCCAAAGGAGAGUUAACACGAGAUCAGUUUUCCCAGUUGUUAUUGGUGAAUCUUGGAGCAGGAGCUGAUAUAAUCGAACUCUUAGAAACUUUCAAUGAAGAUGAGGUUCGUGAAAAUGCUCAAAUUGUAUAUUUGAUAAUGUCAGUUUGGAGCUGGAGUUUGCUGCAAUUUUGCAUUGUUCCUACUGCGUACAAAGAAUUGCCAGUUAUUGAAGAAUCACUCUCUAAAUGCGAUCAGAAUUCUUCCAAACAGUCCUCAGUGACAGAAAUAAACGAAGAAAGCAGCGAAGUUGAACAUCAUGAAAUAGAACACAUCGACCUAAAUGCAGAAACCAAAAGGAACAAUGGGGUUGCCAUUCCAGAAAGGUCAAAAAGAAAAAUUAUUCUUCGAUCUCAAUCAGAAGGAAUUGCUCAUACAAUAACAAAACUAUCGAAAGCCCAAGGACUGGUAAAAGGUGAAUCAGUUGGUUCUUCUUUGUGUACAAAAGGGGAUUCCCUAGGGGGAAAUCCCACCAGAAGUGAUAAAAUCGUCCGUGAUAUAACUAUGGAAUCUAAACACGGCAAUAAUUCGAGCAUUUCUGGCAAACGGGAAACAAUCGCCAAUGGAAAUCUUGAACACUCGAUUGAAAAUGAAUUAAAAGAAGGUAAUGAAAAGAUGGAUGGAUUUCCAGUAACUGAGGGAAAUGAUAUAGAUUUACAAGAUGAGAUAGAUUCAAAUACAAAUAAUAAUGUGAUCAUUGAUUGUAUGAACAACCCGUGGGAUCAUAUCAUCCUAGUUGAGCAUGACGAAAAAGAUGACUUGAAACUAGAAGACGGAAUCACAGGGUGGAUAACAGGACAAAAAUGCUGCGUUUGUUUCUGUUGCUUCACGGAAAUAUGGGGAAUGAUUCUAAGUCUCUUGUUUCAAGACAUUCCGUUUCUUAUCACUCGUCUUUUUAUUAUGUUCCAUUACAAUGUUGUUAGUCACAUGACAGUGUUCUUUACAUUCAAAAACGUCGUUAUAAUUUUAUUACUGUUGAAUCGCAUCCGGGUGGUGGUGCUAGAAGAACACUCGAACUGGAAGAAACACAUGGAUGAAGCGACAAGAGUGCGGAAAAGAAAUGAAGAAAUACUGAGGGAACAGAGGCGAAACGAUAUGAACCAUCCAGAUGCACAUAAAUUGCUACCCACUCCUGAACCUCUCAAUGGCAAUACACCACACGACCAAACCUAUGAUGGUGAUAUUGCAGAAACAGUAAAUGAAACAAAAUCUGUGUCUCGCCAAAACACAAAAUGGUUCAAGAAACCAAAAUGGCGCUUUUGGCGCACAUAACAAUAAUUUCCGCACCAAGAUCGCAGUUGCGUCAACAAAAGUUUUUAUUGUGCGCAACGUGUGUUUGCGUCAUAAACAUUGAAAAGACAAAUACAGAGUGAAUUGUAUACACGUUAUGGUGUGAUUUAUAAUCCGUGCUUAAAUAUAUAUAUCGCAUA